AUGGCUCAAAAGAUUGUCAUCGUUGGCUCUGGUUUCUCCGGCCUUUUCAGCGCCUUAUCCGCCAGAGGACUCAUCGGACAAAACAAGGACCGCGUUAGCAAUGGCAUCGAGGUUAUCAUGGUUGCCCCUGAGCCUAAGCUCGUCGUCAAGCCACGUCUUUACGAGGCCAACGCUGCUAGCAUGUACGCGCCGCUAGAAGAACUUUUGCACGCUACGGGCGUCCGUUUCACUCGAGGAGUCGUCGAUGUGAUCCGGACCAAGGAUAAGCAAGUAGAAGUGGUCAGUCCUACAGGUGAACGCUCGAAUCUUUCAUACGAUAGACUGGUUCUGGCUGCUGGCAGUCGACUGGUGAAGCCAAACGUCUCUGGUUUGAGGGAGCACGCGUUUACUAUUGAUAACAUCGCCGAUGCGGCAGACUUGGAGGCUCACCUCAAACGCUUGGCUUCUCUGCCCUCGACUCCAGAACGCAAUACUGUUGUUGUGUGCGGUGGCGGAUUCACUGGUAUCGAGCUUGCCACGGAGCUGCCUCGGCGCUUACGGUCUGUUUUCGGCAUGCUGGAGACAGUAAGGGUUGUUGUUAUUGAAAAGGCAGAUGUAAUUGGACCUGACCUGGGAGAGGGUCCUCGUCCGGUCAUCACUCAGGCCCUCGGCGAUCUCCAAGUUGAAACUAGGCUUGGCACUGCUGUUGGCUCGAUUGAUGCCAACGGUGUUGUCACCUCUUCCGGAGAACGUAUCGACGCCCUCACCGUUGUUUGGACUGCUGGCGUGGAGGCCACACCGUUGACGAAGCAGAUUCCUGGCGAGACGGACGAUCGAGGACGGUUGAUUGUCGACCGUGACCUUCGUGUUCCGUCAAGUCCCGAUGUGUUUGCCACUGGUGAUGCGGCUUGCGCCCAGACAGACGACGAGGGCAACUUUACGCUGAUGUCGUGCCAGCAUGCAAUGCCUCUUGGCCGCUCGUGCGGUUACAAUGUUGCUGCUGACCUUCUCAAACUGCCCAACCAGCCGUAUCACCAGCCCUCGUAUGGAACGUGUCUCGAUCUUGGUGGCUGGGGAGCCGUCGUGUGCAAUGGAUGGGAUCGAAAUAUCAUAAAGUCGGCUGGACCGGCAAAGGAAAUCAAGACCUGGAUCAAUGGCUGCGUCAUCUAUCCUCCCAAGGCAAACGCAAAGGAGGCAUUCGAGGCGGCCGACCCUGUGCUUAACCAAGUUGCGGUGCUGGUAUGA